GCCGGUCGCUCGCCCCAGGCCCCGCUCCAGCGCUCCGGCCCCGCGCCCUCGGCGGGCGGCGCAGAGCGCGGGAGCUGUUGGGGCCGGGCAUGCCGGGAGCCCCUGGAGCCGCCGCCGCCGCCCCCGCGUCCGCCGCCACCGCGUCCGCCGCCGGUGCGCGCCGCUGACGCGCGGAGAUGAAAUUCCCGGGCUCCGUGCUGGCGUCCGUGUUCCUGUUCGUGGCCGAGACGACGGCGGCGCUCUACCUGAGCAGCACCUACCGCUCGGGCGGGGACGGCAUGUGGCAGGCGCUGACGCUGCUCUUCUCGCUGCUGCCCUGCGCGCUCGUGCAGCUCACGCUCCUCUUCGUGCACCGCGACUUCAGCCGCGACCGGCCGCUCGUCCUGCUGCUGCACCUGCUGCAGCUCGGGCCCCUCUUCAGGUGUUUUGAAGUCUUCUGCAUCUAUUGUCAGUCAAGCCAUGUCGAAGAGCCAUAUGUCAGCAUCACCAAGAAGCGACAGAUGCCAAAAAAUGGUCUCUCAGAGGAGAUUGAGAAGGAAGUGGGCCAGGCAGAGGGCAAGCUAUUCACCCACCGAUCUGCGUUCAGCCGGGCAUCAGUGAUCCAGGCUUUCCUGGGCUCAGCCCCACAGCUGACCCUGCAGCUGUACAUAAGCACACUGCAGCAGAACGUCACUGUCGGAAGAUGUCUAUUCAUGGUCCUCUCCCUCUUGUCCAUUGUGUACGGAGCCUUGCGCUGCAACAUCCUAGCCAUCAAGAUCAAAUAUGAUGAAUAUGAUGUCAAAGUGAAGCCUCUGGCCUAUGUCUGUAUCUUCCUCUGGAGGAGCUUUGAGAUUGCCACUCGUGUCAUCGUCCUGGUCCUCUUCACCUCCGUCCUGAAGGCCUGGGUGGUGAUAGACAUACUCAUCAACUUCCUCAGCUUCUUCUGCUACCCCUGGAUCCUCUUCUGGUGCAGUGGCUCCCCUUUCCCCGAGAACAUCGAGAAGGCCCUCAGUCGGGUGGGCACCACCAUCGUGCUGGGCUUCCUCACCUUACUCUAUGCCGGGAUCAACAUGUUCUGCUGGUCAGCUGUGCAGCUGAAAAUCAACAACCCUGACCUCAUCAGCAAGUCCCAGAACUGGUACCAGCUGCUGGCAUACUACAUGCUGAGAUUCAUUGAGAACGCCUUCCUCCUCCUCAUGUGGUAUCUUUACAAGACUGACAUCUACAUGUAUGUGUGCGCGCCUCUGUUGAUCCUGCAGUUGCUCAUCGGGUACUGCACGGCCAUUCUCUUCAUGAUGGUGUUCUAUCAGUUCUUCCACCCUUGCAAAAAGCUCUUUUCGUCUAGCGUGUCUGAAAGCUUUCAGGAGUGGCUAAAGUGUGCUUGCUGUGACUGCAGGCGGCAGAAAUCCUGUGAGUCUGUCGAAAAGACAGAUCUGAGGUUUCCCGCAGACAGAGAGGAAACACCUUCUAGCAGUAAAAUAAGUUCCAUGCCCAGCCAGAUCUUGAACACCGAUGAGCUCUGUUCUGCGUAAUGGGACCCAAGUCUCUUGGGGCACAGACAUAUUGUUUUCUGGGUUGUACCCUGUUCUUCAUACAUGUGAUGGGCCCUGCGCAGUUAACAAAGCAGGAAGUUAGCUCUCAACUCCUUGUGAGUUGCUCCCCUUUAGAGAGCUCUUGGGCAGGCAUGUGGGAACCAUGGAGAGAAGCCAGGGAAAGCCCUGCGUGUUGGACGGGCAGCCUAAGGCACCACCAUUCACAGUUGACCAUGUUCUCCCAGGCGUUACUGGCUUUUUCACUGACACAGUACUCAUGAUAUCUGAGUUGAGCUAGUUAGAUCCAUCGGGUAGAAUGAGGGCAGGGGCUUUCUUGUUUCCUAGUUUUCUGGACUGCUGGUCUGGGUAGCCUAAUGUUUUAUUAUCCCUGAGCAUAGUUUUCACCCAAGAGCUGUCUGAUGACUAGAGAUGGUUACUGGGGUUUUGCCACCAGCCAGAUCAUUCCUGUCAGAGUUUUCAGAGAGAGCUGUUAAAGUUUGGUUUUUGAAUAGACAGAUGAUCCAUUGUCAUCCCUAUGGCUCUUUCUGCAUAACCAACUGUCACAGCCUUGGCCUGCUAUCUCUAAUUGAUUCAAAAGUCUGGACUUAGAGACUUCAUUCUCAAGGAUCCAUGGUUGCAAAAUUGGAUUCUAAAUUAGCUUGUGGACUUCCUCGAAUUUUAGGAAAGUUGUGUUCCUUCAGUAUGUUGAAGAACUUCUGGAUCAAGAGGGUUGUUAAAACAGCAUGAUUUAGGCAUUUGUAAGCUGAAUUCUUACCUUCUUGUGGUGGUUAAAGAUGUGAAUCUGCUAGAAGGUAGGCUUAAACCUCUUCAAGUUUCAGUCCUGACAGUUCUGAGAGAUUUCUAGGAGAAUUAACUUGGAUUUGCCUUCUUAAGAUAGAAGAAAAUAAAACUAAUAGUCUUUACUCCACCUCUUCCUUGCCUGUCAGGACAGUUUUAGAGAAGAGUUACUUUGGUUAACUUAACUUUUUCUAGAAAGCUCCACAGAAAUUUCUCACCUAGCACAGGUAUAUAGGGCAUUUUAAUUUUCAUUAUUUGAAGGAAAAAGGUUUCCCCCCCUCAGUUAGAUACUGACUUCCAGAAACUUUUAAAUUUUAGAAAGAGAUGCCGUGACCAGAAGAUUUUUAUCUUUAACUGAAUGCAUUUUAAUUUGGCAUGAUUAUGAGUUAAUUUGAACAAGAUCUCCAAUUUUCUCCUAGAAUCUCUUAUCUUCAGUAUAAUUUCUCUUUUAAUCUGAAACCCUAUUUCUUUCAUGAAAAAAUUGUGUAGCAUAUCCUCAGUUGUCUUGGAAAAAUGCCUGGAUCUGGUACCAUUAUUUCUACCAUAAAAACCUUGAUAAUGAAGUACCUGGGAGCAGGUGACCUGUCAUUGAUGAGGCUGGACACUGCAGGUGGAUCAGGGUUGACAGUCUUAGGACCCCUAAGGGUUGAACUUUCUGACCCAUCCCGUUUCUAACUGUCAGGGUUAAAAUGGUGAGUUUGAGCAGAAGUUGUGGUCAGAAUUAGAUAGGGACGGAGAGACUGGUACUUCCCCCGCCGUGGUUUAGAAGCCCGUCUCAAGAACCAUUACAAAAUCUGAGCCUUCAAAUACAUUUAAGAUCAUUUUAAUGUAGAAUAUAGGUACACAUCUUGAAUGGCCCCAAACCAGACUAAUACUGAUGGCCUGUCUGACUCCCAAAGCCCAAUUAUAAGCCACAUUUAUAAGGAUAAAGAGGUUUGGUAACCAAACUGGACAUUUUGUCGCCUUUAACUCUUGAUAUGCAGAGACCCCCACUUUGGGGCCAUAUAUGUCCAGUAACUUUGGGGGAGAGAAAGCACUGCUCUUUUUCUUCAUGGUGAAAAUUUAAGUCAUAGUGAACUGAGAACUUUUGUUUUAAAAUUAUUUAUAUUAUACCUCUGAAAUGGCAAAAUUAUACUUCAGACUGCGGAACUGGCUUGCCAUAAAGGCAAACAAACCAGCAAAUUUCCUCAUAUCUUGAGAGCUGAAACAUGUUUUUCAGUUAUAAUUCCAAUUUUUAAAACUCUCAGUGCUUUGUCUAAUUAAUUACAUGUCAUAACUUGUCAUGUCAGACACUCCAACUGAAUCACUAUCAUUUGGCUGGUUGGAGGCAAAGUAUUUCCUUGAAAUAUAUUGAAAUAAGAUCAUCAGAUAUGUUUAGACUUUCUCCAUAACUGGAGACAGGACAGUAUAGAGGUCAGCAAUUCCCUGUCCAACCCUACAAGUUACUUAAUUGCUCUGUGCCUCAGUUUCUUCCACCAAAUUUGCAUGAUGUACUUGCCCGGCCUACCUCACAAAGUUGUCAGGAAGAUCACAUUAAAUAAUAGGUGUGAAAAUGGUUUGAGAAUAUUUUUAAAGUGCCAUGCAUGUUUAAGGAAUUGUUAUUAUAGUUAUUCAAGCCCAUAAACAGGUUAUUGUUCUAUUUUUACUGUUAGAAAAGAAACAAGUAGCAUCAUUCACAUGAGUGUCUUGAGUGAAUACGUCGGCCUUUGGUCUUAAGGAAGGGCAAGCGUAAAUGGUCUUUACUCUCAGAGAGAACUCAGCAGCCGCCCUUUCUCUUACCAUCAGUUGCUUAUAAAAAUUAGCACCCAAACAUAUGUUACUUGGAGGAAAAAGACCCACUGGAAUCUGAGAAAUUGCUUUUGAUAGCAAAUGAGUUUAUCAUUUUUGUAUCUGUCAUCGUUCAUAAAGGACAUAGCAUCUUUUGUUAAUUUUGGUUUACAGUUUGAAUGCCUGAUCUUGCUAGACUUUAACUGAAUGUGGGUAUAAUCUUUUCAGCCUUGUAAAUGGGAAAAUAAAAAUUAAAAUUGGUUGUCAAAUACAGCAUUUCCUUGGAAACCACGUUAGAACAUGAGUGCUGUGAUUAUGAGUGUGUGUGUCAGUACUUCUCAGCCAGCACAUUGUGGAUGUGAGCUUCUGCAGGCUGCUUCUCUGCAGCCAUUCACUCUAAUAAAUAUUGUGUAUGUUUCUUCAUAUAAUAAAUUAAUUUUUCGUUUUCUCCUUUUUCAUUCCUUA